GGAAACUGAGAAAAUGCGGCAGCUAGAGGAAAAGAUCCAAAGCCUAACAAAGACCCUGGAGAACCUCCAGUCCACCAUGAAUGAGCAUUUCAACCCUGAAGGAAACAAAUCUGACUUCAGCAGUGGAGGAAGAACCCCCGCUGAUGCAGCUCAGCCAGAGAUGAAAGAAACAAUUCACAGCAUCCAGACUAAACUGGAUCAGCUGGACAACCGCACUCAGGCCCAUGAUAAAACCCUGGUCAACAUUAACAACCACCUGGUGAAUGGAAAAGGUAGCGAGAUGGAUGGAGAUGUUUCUGGAGGAGGACGUGAUCGAGAAAGGCUGAACACACUGAAGGAAGAGAUCCUGAGGGAGUUGGAAAGAAGCGUGUCGUUGUCCUGCUUAUCUUGUCAGGCUGGUGUGGAGGAUCUGCAGCAAAGGCAGCAGGAGGACCGGGACAGGAUUCGAACUCUGGAGAAGCAGCUGAAUGCCAUGGAUGUUCAAUACAAGCAGGAUCUGGACCAGCUGCGACAGGAUGUGGUGCGUUCCCAAGGAUGCUGCGACUCCAUCACUGACCUUCAAAAUCGCAUCAGUGAUGUUGAACGCAAGAUCAGCUCAGCCUCAGAGAACUUUGACCUUCUGCUGAACCGCCUGGAUGAGGAUCUCAGUAAACCAGAUGGUGAAUCCAGAGGAGGGGGGAGACUGACUGAUGGAGAUGAAAUCAUCAGACAGGGAGGGGGUGAUGUGAAGACAGACGGUACCCUGAAGGAUCUGCUGAAGGACAUGGAGUUUAGAAUCAACAGCAGUCUGAAGCAAACUGAGCAGAGCUGCUUACACUUUGAAAAUGACCUGAAGAACUACUUCCACAGAGAACUAGGCAACGUGAGAACAGUGCUGUUGGACCAGUUUGAUGACCAGACAUUCAGAAUCUCAGACGUAGAGUUGGAUGUAGAGCAAGUAAAGAGCAAUCUAGGCAACCAGGACAAGAGACUUUCUGAACUGGAGAAUAUUACCUCCACCAUGGACCAGAGGUUGGAGCAGUGUGUCUGUGCAGGGUCUAAAACAGGAGGGGGUACUGGGGGUAGAGGGGGAGAAGCAGGAGGAGGGGGUGGAGGAGUAAGUUCAGGGAAACAUGUCUCUGGAAUGGGCGGAGAAAGAGAAAAUACGACAGAGAAAUCUCUGGAAUGGAGAGUAAUCGCCAACGAGGAUCAGAUUCAGUAUUUCAACACUCGACUCAAAGAUCUGUCGGUGUCAGGAGACUCUCUGUACUCAAAGGAUGAAGUCCGUUUGCUGCUGGAAGAAGUCCGGAGCUGCACAGACCAGUGUCGAAUCAGCUCAGACACGUUCACAGGUGGUGGUUCUGCAGGCUCGGGGGUCUCUGGUAGUACAGGUGGUACUAGUGGACAUGGUCCCAGACUGGAUGGAGGAAAACUUUUAGAUGGCCACAGUGUGAUUGAAGGAUCCCUCAACAAGAACCAGCUGAAGACGCUACAAAGCGAACUGUCUGAGGCCAUCCUCACCUUCAGCUCUAUCAACGACACGCUGAAGGGUCUGGAACACACGGUGCAGAAACACGGCAGCGUGGUAACAGACCUCGGAAACACCAAGGAUAAGAUCAUUUCUGAACUGGACAAAAUCCAACAAGAGGUGACGGAACAUAUGGAAGAGAGCCGAGACUACCGGGACCGGAUGAAUCAGGAUGUCCACCGGUUCAAGAACAUGCUGCUGGUGGAGAUGGGAGACUGUAGGAGAUCUGGAGACGGCCUGGAAAAGAGGCUGUCGAAGCUGGAAGGAGUCUGUGGACGACUAACCCGAGUUUCUGACACCAUCGAUAAGAUCAGAGAAGGACUGAAUCAACAAGUGUCUUCUUUGUGGACAUGCGUUUCUGGCAUGAACGAGUCUGUCAUUCAGCAUGGAGGAACCCUGGACUUUAUUCAGAGGACCCAUGAUGAUGUUCACAGUAAAGUAAAGAACCUGAACUCCAGCUUGAACCACAUUCUUAGAUACCUGCAGAGUUUCUCAGACCUAACGGGCCUGCCAGGACCUCCAGGAGAGAGAGGCUUAAAUGGGCUACCAGGCCCCCAGGGACCUCCAGGACCACCAGGGCCUCCUGGACUUCCUGGACAACAAGGAGAAAGUGGUGCCCAAGGUCCUCAAGUUCAGGUCGACAUCCUGAACCACCCCUGGUUCCAUACUGACUAUGAUGAUUAA